CAUUUAAAUGCACGUAAAUGCACACUCGACAAAUUCGAAAGUCAUGGCUUGCUCCAACAAUUGGUUGUUGUUCUUUUCAAAGUGUCAAACUGGAGAGGAGCUUGAAACAUUCAGUACCUGUGCACUAAGUUGAGAACCGGAUGCAUUUGGGUAUCGACUUAAUCAAAAAGCAACCUCUAUGUGGACAUUAAGGUUGAUAAUAAUUUGGAGCUUCUUGAACAGGAGCAUAGUGAUUCACCGUCCAGUUGUCCAGUUGGUGUCUGAUGUAGCCGGUGGAAGAGAGAUUAUUUUGCUGUGUGUAAAGGUCGCCAAAGAGGAUAUCGCCGUGCGUUUUUACGAGGAACAGCACGGUAACAUCGUGUGGGAAGAAUACGGCGAGUUCCAGCAUACCAACGUGCACAAGCAGGUGGCGAUCAGCUUCCGGACGCCCCGAUACCGAACGCUGGAAAUGGAACAUCCUGUCAUGGUGAACAUUCAACUGAAGAGGCCAUCGGACGGUGCUACCAGCGAACCGCUGCCAUUCGAGUUGACGCCCCUUGACUCAGCCAAACGAAAGAAACGCAAGCCUAACACCUGAGGGGACACCCCAGUACACAUGCCAGAAGCAGCCCGCCAUCCGUACUAUGCAACGUUGGGCAAUGUGCCGGGAGAAGC